AACAAUCAACCAUAAUUAAAAACCUUAAAUUGUGAUUGAAAUGAAAAAGUGAUCAAUUUCAAUACAACAUCAAAAUCAAAGUAAAUAAUCAUCUAAAUCGAGUGUUAAACUUUUCUGUUUUCAUCAGAAAACUUUUCAACCCUUUAAAUUUGUACAUUAUAAUUACGAUUAAUUAUCUAAUUUUAUUGUAACAAUUAGUAUUAAAAUGAUCCAAACACCAAUGUCUUCACCUAAAGUAAGUCUUAUUGAUCCAUCAGAACUACAUCGACCUGAAGAGGUUAAAGAGAAGACACAAUUCAGACAAUAUACAACUAAUCAAGAUGAUCCAAUUCAAAAGCGAGUCCAAAACACUUACCUUAAAAUGCACACUCACCAAACUUUGGACUUUGCAACUCGAAAAUUGGCCCAAUGGACUAAAUUUGAUAAAAUGGAAUUAACAAUUAUGGAAGGUUUGGAAAAAUUAAAUGACCUGAUCGACGAAUCGGAUCCCGAUGUGGACAUGCCAAACAUUGUCCAUGCCUUUCAAACCGCUGAAGAGAUCAGGAGGAAACAUCCGACCCUUGAUUGGUUUCAUUUAACUGGACUAAUUCACGAUCUUGGUAAGGUAAUGGCCUUUUAUGGUGAACCUCAAUGGUCAGUUGUCGGUGAUACAUUUCCGGUUGGCUGUGAAUACGCUGAUUCAAUUGUUUACAGAGAGACAAGUUUUAAUCUUAAUCCGGAUGCAUAUGAUUCAAGGUAUAAUACUAAGUAUGGUGUUUACAAUGCUAAUUGUGGAUUGGAAAAUGUUCAAAUGUCCUGGGGCCAUGAUGAAUACUUGUAUCGAGUUCUGGUUAACCAUCCAAAUAUGAAAUUACCUGAGGAAGCUCUUUAUUGUAUUAGAUAUCAUUCAUUUUAUCCAUGGCACAUGUCAGGUGAUUAUAUGUAUCUAUGUAAUGAGAAGGAUAAAGCGAUGCUGGAAUGGAUUAGGGAAUUUAAUAAGUUCGACUUGUAUACAAAGUCUGAAAUCGUUCCCGAUAUUGAUCAACUUCGUCCUUAUUAUCAAUCACUUAUCGAUAAAUAUAUUCCUGGUAAGGUGAAAUUCUAAUCACAAUUAAAACUCUCUACACUCAUCAACAAUCAACAUCUUCUGGAUCAGUUGAGAUUUAAUUGUCUAAAAUCUUAACCACAAACUUUAAAUAUUUACUCAAGAUUAUAUUUCUUAAUUGUUUCUUAAUUUAGUUAUGUUAUUAUCCUCAAUAUAUUCUCACCUUAUCCUUUAUCCAUUACUCAUUAUAAUUGUAUUUAUCUUUACUCUUAAUCCUAUUAAUCCUUGUGUAAAUGUAAUUGUCUCAAUACUGACUAAAUCUCAUCAAUAUAAAUAUAAAUAAUCAACAAUUGAAA